UGAUAAGAGUAUAAAAUAAAAACUGGAUUACCUGCCUCGUGAUUUCGUUGCUGGGCUCUGAGAUGACAGAGGUGGAGCCUGUGCUGGACUUUGCCUCCUCUGGCCGUUCAGGCCGUAGAAACGCCCUGCCGGAUGUCCUGGGCUCCCCGGCAGGGGUCAGCCCGUCUGACCUUCCGCUCAAACUGGGCGAGCUCUCCCUGACAGAUGGGCCUGGGGGUGCUCAGUCGCCCACCAAAGAGGAGCCCCCCGCCUCCGCAGAGACCCCACAGGGGAAGGAUGACGGAUCAUAA